ACUUAGACACGUAGUAUUUCAUAUAUGUUACAAUGAAAGAGAACGUGAUCAUAUAUUUUAAAUUCCAAGGUCGCAUGUAUAAUGUGAUGAUGAAGACAUUAGGGGAGAAGAUUACUUUCUCAAUGUUAGAAGAUAGGCUAAUGACGAAGCUUGGAUUAGAUGGAAAUAAGGUAAAAUUGCAUAUGAGGUACAAUCCACGGUUGUUCGGAGUAGAGGAAGAAAUGAACGUUUGUGAUGAUGAGGAUGUCUGUGUUUAUGUAACAUCCGCAAAAAAUAACCGGAGAAGUGUUUUGGUUGUGGAGGAGAUCUCUAAACCGCCCGAGCCGGAGCAAUUGCCCGAGCAUUUGUCUAGAGUUGGUAAUAGUUCUGUUGGUAAGAGCUAUACGGAGUUGAAUUCAGAGGAGGAUGAAAUGAGAGUGGAUGAUGGUGCACUCAUCGUCUUAUUAGAAGAGGAACAAGGAACUCAACAUCAACUUGAGGCAAUAGUGGAGGAUCACGGGACUCAAGAAGAUGAAACACGCUAUGAUGAGUCUAUGGAUAAUUCUGAUAGGGGGGAACAGUAUGUUGAGUCGCCACCUGCUGUAGAACCGGGUAUGUUUAAAAAAGAAUGGGAAGACGGAAUUGGGUUGACCUUACGUCAAGAAUUUCCAAACAAGGCGGCAUUGCACGAGGUGGUGGAUAGAGCUGCAUUUGCUAACAGUUUUGGUUAUGUGAUUAAGAAGUCGGAUAAGGAGCGCUAUGUCCUAAAGUGUGCCAAAGAGAGCUGUUCUUGGCGUUUACGAGCGUCCAAUAUUAGUACUACUGAUAUAUUCUCGAUUAGAAGGUACAAUAAGAUGCAUAGUUGCACUCGGCUAAGUAAAGGUAGUAGUAGGCUCAGGAAAAGAAAAGGCAACCCCCAAUUAGUCGCAGCUCUCCUUCAUGAUCAUUUUCCGGGACAGUUGGAAACUCCGGUUCCAAGUAUCAUCAUGGAGCUAGUUCAGACGAAAUUAGGUGUGAAAGUAUCAUACUCGACAGCGCUAAGGGGGAAAUAUCAUGCGAUUUAUGAUUUAAAAGCGUUUGCCGUACUCGACGGUGAGAAUGAUGCUAGUUGGGAGUGGUUUUUCGAGAAGCUAAAAACGGUUGUACCCGAUACUUCGGAAUUGGUUUUCAUGACGGACAGAAAUGCAAGCCUCAUAAAGGCCAUACGGAACGUGUAUACCGCGGCUCAUCACGGGUAUUGUAUUUGGCAUUUGUCCCAAAAUGUGAAAGGUCAUGCUACUCACACCAACCGAGACGUACUCGCAUGGAAGUUUCAGGAGUUAAGUCGGGUCUACGUCGUGGCGGACUUCAACCGAGCGUAUGACGGGUUUAAGUUGAGAUAUCCUAAGGCGACCAAGUAUUUAGAGGAUACAACCGUGAAAGAAAAAUGGGCAAGGUGUUGUUUUCCCGGAGAAAGAUACAACUUAGACACAAGCAAUUGUGUGGAAUCUUUGAACAAUGUGUUUAAAAACGCAAGGAAAUACUCGUUAAUACCAAUGGUUGAUGCGAUCAUCAAGAAAAUCUCCGGGUGGUUUAAUGAACAUCGGAUGGAAGCCGCGUCUGGAUCCUUAGAAAAUAAGAUGGUGCCUUUGGUCGAGAAUUAUUUGCAUGAUUUGUGGGUUUUUGCCGAGAAGCUGAAAGUGGUGGAGCUAAACUCAUUCGAGCGUGAAUAUGUAGUCACAUGCGACAAAGGAAUAGAUUAUACGGUGAGCUUGGUUUUGAAAACUUGCAGUUGCAAGGUUUUCGAUAUCCAAAAAUAUCCUUGUAUUCAUGCAUUAGCCGCUUUCAUUAACAUUAUGGAUGAUGAAGAUCGGAGAAGAGGUUUGGAGUUACAUGAUUUGGUUACAAAAUAUUAUUGGGUGGAGUUGUGGGCAUUGGCCUAUUAUAGGACUAUUUAUCUUGUUCCGGAUAGGUCGCAGUGGGAAGUACCAGAUGAAGUAAAGGCGUUGAAGAUAGUUCCGCUGUCUAAAAAACCGAAGAAAGGAAGGAAAAAAAUGCUAAGACUGUGUGAGAGAGACCCCUACUACGAUGAUAUGAAAGUGGCGAAGAGAGCCAUUGACCAAAUGGAAAUGGUUGCGAUGAUGGAAGGGAUUCCUAAGUUUUGUCCAUGUGGUGGUAGCAUUGUCGAGACGCGAAAGGAUGAAAAGAGAUACUAUCAAUGCGAGAAGUUUAAGGAUGAUAGAAUGCACAUCCGUAAACUUUGGGAUAAGGCUAUGGAAGAAGAGGUGAGUAGCUUAAGGGAGAGUGUUGAUUACAAUCGGAAGAAAGUUCUAAAUCAUGAGUAUCUCAUAGAAGAAAUGCAAAAAGAAUUGAAAGCCCACCGUGCAGAGAUUGUGAACGUGAGCAAAGUGGUAUUCCGUAAUCCUAUGGAUCCAAAGAAGUAAUGUGUUAUCCUAUUGUUCCUUAAUCUUAUUGUUA